CGAUGUUCGAUUUUCAAUUAAGAUUCUUUCGUCUAUUUCUCGAAUUCUUCAAACUGGCUUCUACGAUGCAAUUCAACAACUCCCAGCAAACAAAAAAACUUGUUUGGGCUACAGCGAAACCAUCAUUUGAUGAAAUUUAUGCUGAAGACAAGCAACAGAAUUCGUCUUGGUUUGCUGCUCGUUUUUUAAAAUUAAAAUCCCCUUAUGUUCCGCCUCCAAGUUUUACUACUGGAAAUUUUUCAAGAGAUCAAGAUCUAUGGAAAACAACUCCCUCACCAAACACCUUCCUGCAAUGGACAAAUUUCCCAAUUUAUGAUUUUGGCAAUUCUAAUUUAAUUAGUGAUUUAAUUGAGGAUUCUAAAUUUGCAAAUGAGCAGACAAAAUUAGCUCUUGAACAAUCUAAACCUUGUCGUCAAAUGGUUUAGAAUUUUAUAAAAAUUUUUUUGGAAAUUUUGUUUUUUUUUUUUAUAAAUUAUUUCUCGACAAGAAUUAUAAUAAGGACACCUUAUCCUCUCUCCUCAACCAGCUCCUCUCAUUGGCCAAUCAAAUUUUAAGAAACUUAUCCCAAACUGAUAAUAAGAAGUAUCUAAUUUUGGGGAUAAAUAUU